CCCGUCCUGCCCCCGCCCGGUCCGGGGAAGCUCGGGAGGACACUGAGAAGCUCUGGGGCCAGGACAGGUCUCAAGAACUCGGUAGAGUUUGACAGAGAACCCUCCCAUAGCCGGAAGGGCAGGGUCGAAGACAGAGGAGAGGCGAAGAGUAGGCAGGCAGGGCAGCAGGGAAGCAGGCCGGCGGGGCGAGGGACCUACCGCUCCGCUCCUUCCCGCAGGGUCUUAUAGCGGCACUCCGGGAUCGACCCCGACUCCGGUUCCGCGGGGACCUCCCCCAGAAUCCGCCCCCAGAGGCGGGAACUACCCGGGGCAAUGUGGCAGAUCACUGCCCGCUCCCUGCGCCGGGCCAGCUCCCGUAGCUGGCAGAGGCGACUGUCCUGGCCCGGCCCCGCGCCUGCAGCCUCACGGUGCCGCAGCCCCGCGUGGACCCCCGGGACAGCCUCUGCCCGUGGACUCGCCUCCAUGGCCCCCUCCAUCCGCCUCUCGCCCGCCACCCGCAGCCUCUUCGAUGAGCCGCUGGCCAUCGCUGUGCAGGGCCUCGGCCCGCGGCAGCAGGUCACACUGAGGACAUCCUUGCGGGACGAGAAGGGAGAGCUCUUCCAGGCCAGUGCCCGCUACCAGGCGGGGGACGACGGGGAGCUGGACCUAGCCCGCUGCCCUGCCCUGCCGGGAGGCAGCUUCUCCGGCCUGGAGCCCAUGGGGCUGCUCUGGGCUUUGCAGCCCCAGAGGCCCUUCUGGCGGCUGGUGAAGCGGGACGUUCAGAGCCCCUUCCUCCUGCAGCUGGAGGUGUUUGAGGGCCACGGGAAGCCUCCAGGGCGCCUCCUGGCCCAGGCGCAGCACGAGCGGGCGUUCCUGCGGGACGGGGUGCGGAGAGUCCCGGUGCGAGAGGGGAGGAUCCGGGCGACGCUUUUUCUGCCCCCCGGAAAUGGCCCCUUUCCGGGAAUUAUUGACUUAUAUGGAACUGGAGGAGGACUCCCUGAAUACAGGGCAUGCCUGCUGGCCAACUAUGGCUUUGCUGUGCUGGCUCUGGCUUACUACGGCUAUGAAGAUCUCCCCAAAGAGAUGAAGGAAUUCCACCUGGAAUAUUUUGAAGAAGCUGUAAACUAUAUGUUACAACGCACCCAGGUUAAAGGUCCAGGAAUUGGGUUGCUUGGAAUCUCAAAGGGUGGUGACCUGUGCACCUCCAUGGCCUCCUUCCUAAAGGGCAUCACAGCCACUGCCCUUAUCAACGGCUCAGUGGCAAAUGUGGGUGCAGUGCUCCGCUACAAGGACAUCACCAUUCCACCUCUUAAUAUCAAUUUGAAACGCAUCAAGGUCAGCAAGUCCGGGAUUGCUGAUAUUUUUGAUAUAUUGAACAACCCACUAGAAGGGCCUGACCAGCAAAGCUUCAUCCCUUUGGAGAAGGCCGAGUGUCGCUUCUUGUUCAUUGUUGGCCAGGAUGAUCGCAACUGGAAAAGCGAAUUCUUUGCAGUUGAGGGGAGCAAACGUUUGCAAGCUCAUGGGAAGGAAAAGCCUGAGAUAGUCUGUUAUCCUGGAGCAGGGCACUACAUUGAACCUCCCUUUUUCCCAAUGUGCGCAGCCUCAAUGCAUCUGCUAGUUGGCAAACCUGUGGAGUGGGGAGGGGAGCCCAAGGCACACUGUGAGGCACAGAUAGAUGCUUGGCAGCAGAUCCAAGCUUUCUUCUGGAAACACCUCACAGGCAAGCCAUCUGGAACAUCCAGUAAUCUGUGAUGUGAAGUAGAUUACGUUACAGAUGAAGAUGCUGGUGUUUCAAGAUUGCUUUGUUAAAUGGCUCAGAAUGAGAACAAGGAACAUCAGAGAAUAAGCUAUUGGGUUUCUUGGAGGAUGACAGCAGGUGAAAGCAUGAAAGCUGCUUGGUUUCUACACCCUCCUCUAACCUUGGUUAGAGGUUCUUGGCCUCCUGCUUUGUGUAGUAUAGGAUUAAAAGCUGUGGAAGACAAAUGU